GGCCGAGCUGACAGUGUAGGACCUGUGCGUGUUGGUGGAGGGUCGUGCCGGGUCUGCGUCCCAGCUCUUUUCGUGUGCUGUGGUGGCGAGGUCGUGUGCGAGGUCGUCGGGGUAUAUUAAAAGAGAUCUCUGUCGAGUAUCUACGGAGGAUUCAAGAAAAGGACGAAACUAGAAAUCACGACCAAAAUUUCUUGAGACGUAAAGUUCAAUGUUUGGAACCUAACACGAACUCCAAAACGAAAUCUUGCUAGCGAAUCCACACAGCUCCAGGCGGAGUCAUGCAAACAGACCCAAACAAAAUCAAGAGAAAAUAAACACACCGUCCGUGACACAUUCACGAUAUGCAUGACAGUCCCCUAAACACCCCAAGUUCUUCCUGUUUAGCCACGUUGCCUCGCUUGACCAGAAGCUUUCCAGUUCUGUGUUCUUUCUAAAACUUAGUAUUUCUUUGCCCUGUUCAUGCACAGGAUUUUAGAGCCACCACGCUAGUCCUCUGCUUCACACUCUCAAACGUUUCCCCUUUUCCUCGUCUCCGUCGCAGUAGUUAAUCUGCAGCAAAAUCAGGAUUUCAUAUUAUUUCAUUAUCUCAUAAAAUAAGUUGUUUUUGCUAUCGCUAGAGUACGAGUUUGACAAAAAUAUAAAUAUAUAAGCAGUCUACCAAAACUCCAGUCUAGAAUUAAUUUAGAAUAAUAAAAAAUAUUAAAGACAUAAAUAAAAUAAAACGAUAGCAAGUACGAUACAAAAGGUGCCACACCGCAAACAGAGCACACCAACACCGAAAACUUUUCCAUGCCAGUCAUUACAAAAUACAUUUUCUAGCUAGAUAUCUAUACCACACGAACACGCACACAUUACACACACUACCAGCGAACGAAGCAUUACCCGUUCGGCAUCGACGUCUCAAUUAAGAAGUAAAAAGGAAAAAAAAAAUACUCGAUCGCACCAAACUACAUACGAUGGCGUGGAGUGACUUCGUGGACUGGCUGGACGAGAACAAGGUCGUUCUCAUUGCUGUCACCUGCUCAGUGGCGGGCGCCGGGGCGACGCUGCUGGCGCUGCGGGCGUGGCUUCAGGGACCCUCGUGCAGGAGCAAGGCGCGCCUGGACGGCAAGACAGUGGUCAUCACGGGCGCCAACACGGGCAUCGGCAAGGAGACGGCCAGGGACUUGGCCAAGCGAGGCGCCCGCGUGGUGAUGCUGUGCCGCGACCUGGACAAGGCGCGGUCGGCGGCCGAGGAGAUCAACAAGGAGACCGGCAGCACGGUGGGCGUGUACCACCUGGACCUCGCCUCGCUCGAGUCCAUCCGCAGCACCGCCGCCGCCCUCAGGGACACGGAGCCGCAGAUUCACGUCCUUAUCAACAAUGCAGGCGUGAUGAUGUGCCCUCCUGGGAGAACGAAUGACGCUUCGCAAUGCAGCUCGGGACGCAACCAACCUUUGCCAUUCCUCCUCACGCUGCUCCUGCUGGACCAGAUGAAGGCCGCCGCUCCUUCGAGGAUCGUCAACGUGUCCUCCAUCGCCCACACGCGUAAAGGGAGGAUGCACUGGGACGACUUGCACUUCACUAAGUCGUACGACGCCAAGGAGGCCUACUGCCAGAGCAAAUUGGCCAACGUCCUCUUCACGCAGGAACUCGCGCACAGGCUCAGAGGUAAGCACUAUGUUUGCUGCCUUGGUAGUGUGACAGGGUCACUCCAUUUACAUCGGAAAAGAGAAAAAAGCCACUCAAUUGACGAAAACGGUGGUAGAGGUUGGGCCAGGGCCUGA